CACCAGGAGACAGGGCACAGCCAGGACGUGCCAGGCUCCAGCACAGAGGGCUCAGCAGCAGCUCCAGGCCGGGAUAACCGAGAGCAGCUCCCGUGGCACAGCAGCAGGACAUGGACCCCUGGGCAGGACAAGAGCCCGUCAAGGUGAUCGGGGUUGUCUUGGGCAUCGGGCUGGCCCUGCUGAUCCUGGCCAGUUUUGGCUACACCUUCAUCCGCUGGUACCGGCGGGGCCACGGCCAGCGCCGGCCUGACUUUGUCUUCAGCCUGUACCACUCGCGCGGGCUGGGGUCAGUGGCACUGGAGCUGGUGCCACCGUUCAGCAUCAGUGGCUCUCUGGGCACCUCGGGCAGUGGCUACGAGCCCUUCCACAACCAGAGGCCGUGAGGUGACAGCUGGGCUGCUGAGCAGGCUUUGGUUGUGUUUCCUGUCCUGCUGUCCCUGGCAUGGGACGUGUGGCCAGGCACAGAGGGAUGGGGCUGGAGCCUGGGUGCUCUUGCAGAGCUUCCUCUCGCUGCCUCUUACUCACAGCCCAGC